AUGUUUCAAACCCCAACAACUGUUUAUUCUUCCAUUCCAGCUAGCAGCUCUCCAUCCACUAGUGUAUCCGUUCCAACAACAAUUGUUUCGUCAUCUGUUACAACGGUUUCGUCAACCAGUCUUCUAUCUUCUGUCUUAACUACGGCACCUCCACAACUUAUAUCAACUGGAUUUGUUAUUAUCAAGUCAUCAACACCUACAUCAUCAAUUCCCCAAAGCUCUUUGCUGAAAUCAUCAUCAUACGUAUUUACCAAACCACCACCCCCUUCAUCUUCUGUUCCAAAAACACCAUCUACUGCAUCGAGUCCUCAACCACCCAGCAGCACUGUGGCUCCCCCAACAACUGUCUAUUCUUCCAUUCCAGCUAGCAGCCAAACCCACUUCGUCACCGAAACCCACACUGUGGCCCCCCAACAACUUCUUCUUCCAGCUAGCAGCUCUCCAUCCACCAGUGUAUCCGUUCCAACAACAAUUGUUACUUCUGCACCAACUAGC